AUGCUGAAAAAUCUACAUGGAGUGGUGAUUCAACAAAAUAUUUUGGUUUUGGCAGUUCCGAAAAGAAUGUUUUUAUAUCAGAUAAAAAUCAUGAGAUGGAUCAAACCAGAAAAGUUUUUGAGACACCUGCUUGGAUUAAACAGAGCACACGUGGCGGUGCAAGGCACUAUAGAUGGAAGAACUACUUGUAGACCAAGGGAUUGGAGGUUUGGUACCUGGAAUGUAGGCACGUUGACAGGAAGAGGUUUGGAAGUGGUGGAGGAGCUGCAGAGGAGAAUAGUUGACGUGGCUGCAUUACAGGAGAUCAGAUGGAAGGGUGAGGGUACAAGGUUUGUGGGGGCUAAAGGUGGAAGAUAUAAGUUGUGGUGGAAGGGGGAUGAUGGUACGGGAGGAGUUGGUGUGAUGGUAAGAGAAGAGUUGGUGGAGAAGGUGUUGGAAGUGAGGCGGAGAAGCAAUGGUGUAAUUGUGCUGGUGAUUGUGUUUGGAAAAGUAAUAGUGAGGGUGAUAUCAGGAUAUGCUCCGCAACAAAGUAGGAAGGAAGAGGAGAAGGAUAGGUUUUAUGAUGAUGUUUCUGACGAGAUUGGGCAAGCGGGUGAUUCGUGGAAGCUAUAUAAAGGAAAAAACUGCGAUACAAUUCUGAUAGAUAUUCGGGCUGCUGAUGGGUUCCGGUGGGGACGAAACACGUGUCUAGCCUAUCCAAGCGAAUACUAG